AUGUGCAGUCAAACGAUUUGUGUUGUGUUAAUGUACAUUUUAACACUGCAUAGUGUUAUGGCGAGUUUUGGGUAUAAUGAUGUAUUUGAAGACGAAAUGAUUGAAUAUGAAAAGCGGCAGCUUGUUGGCGGGGAGACAGCAAUACCUGAAGAUAAACUCAACCAGUACGAAGAUUUACAAGCGGGAAUCAACAAAGCUGAAGCGGAGAUUUUGAACGAAGACCAGCUGAGUUUUGAUAAGAACUCGCUGCAAGCCACAAGUCAAGUUGUACAGGGGACAUUAUAUCGUGUUAAAGUUGAUGUUCAGCCCAAAUCCUGUUCCGAUUCAGAGAGUUGCAACAUUGUGAAACAUUGCUCGUUUGAAAUCUGGUCACGAGUAUGGCUGUCUGAAGAUGAGAAACUGAAAAUUCAGAAUAUAACUUGUACUGACGCUUAA